UCAAUCAAUCGGGUAGACCCGAAUAAUAAAAACCCGCAAUCCACGAACUAAUCGGGUAUCUUAUAAAUAUACUAUUACCGUCUCCAAAACCCUAGCCAUUGCAGAACACACAACUACCGUUUGGCGGGUGUUGUUUCUCCAUCUCUAAACAUGGCGGAUGUUGAGACCGAAGUCGCUGCUGCAGGCCAGCCAAAGAAGAGGACGUUUAAGAAGUUCAGUUUUAGAGGAGUUGAUUUGGAUGCUCUAUUGGACAUGACUACUGAUGAUCUCGUCAAGCUCUUUCCUGCUCGCGCUCGCAGAAGGUUUCAGCGAGGUUUGAAGAGGAAGCCAAUGGCACUUAUUAAGAAGCUUCGCAAGGCGAAAAGGGAGGCCCCAGCUGGUGAGAAACCUGAGCCUGUUAGGACUCACCUGCGCAACAUGAUUAUAGUACCUGAGAUGAUUGGUAGCAUAAUUGGAGUUUACAAUGGCAAGACCUUUAAUCAAGUUGAAAUCAAGCCUGAAAUGAUAGGGCAUUAUUUAGCCGAGUUCUCAAUCUCCUACAAGCCUGUUAAGCAUGGAAGACCUGGUAUUGGUGCUACUCACUCAUCCAGGUUUAUCCCUCUCAAAUGAAGAUUUUGCAGAUGUCUUAACUUCAAUGGGAAGUGCUUUCUUAUGUUUGUCGUUAAAUGACCUUUCUGUUAACUGCUUUUCAUCUCUUAACAGUUUUACCUCAUGUUGAAUUUGAAAAUUAAUUAGUUUUAUUUGAAUCUUUAUUUAAUGAACUAAAAACUGCCACUCAUACCUUGAGGAAAGAAAUGCUCAACUCGCCUUGUCCAUGAAAAGGUAUUUGUAAUUUUAUUGAA